GUGACGCUACUUCCGGUUGGGGACGUGGCUCGGCGCCGCCAUCUUGUGGAGCUGCCGAAGGGGACGCGGAGCCCAGCGCCGCCGCCGCCGCCAUGGUGCUGUUGGCAGCAGCCGUCUGCACAAAGGCGGGGAAGGCCAUCGUCUCCCGGCAGUUCGUGGAGAUGACUCGGACCCGCAUCGAGGGGCUGCUGGCAGCUUUCCCAAAGCUGAUGAACACGGGGAAGCAGCACACUUUUGUGGAAACGGAGAGUGUGCGGUACGUCUACCAGCCGAUGGAGAAGCUCUACAUGGUGCUCAUCACCACCAAGAACAGCAACAUCCUGGAAGACCUAGAAACACUCCGACUCUUCUCUCGAGUGAUCCCUGAGUAUUGCCGAGCUCUGGAGGAGAACGAGAUCUCCGAACACUGCUUCGACCUGAUUUUUGCCUUUGAUGAAAUUGUUGCCCUGGGCUACCGUGAAAACGUCAACCUGGCGCAAAUUCGGACCUUCACGGAGAUGGACUCGCAUGAAGAAAAGGUGUUCCGAGCUGUCCGAGAGACUCAGGAGCGCGAAGCUAAGGCCGAGAUGCGCCGCAAAGCGAAGGAAUUGCAGCAGGCCAGGAGGGAUGCGGAGAGACAGGGCAAAAAGGCACCUGGUUUUGGCGGCUUUGGCAGCUCGGCCGUGUCUGGCGGCACAACGGCGGCGAUGAUCACAGAGACCAUCAUCGAAACGGAGAAGCCCAAAGUGGCACCGGCACCCGCCAGGCCUUCAGGUCCCAGUAAAGCCUUGAAACUUGGCGCUAAGGGGAAGGAGGUGGACAACUUUGUGGACAAGCUGAAAUCAGAAGGAGAAAAUAUCAUGACUUCCGUAGGCAAGCGCUCUACGGAAGCAGCCAAAGUUCUUGCUCCUCCUGUUAACAUGGAGAGCGUGCACAUGAAAAUAGAGGAGAAAAUUUCCUUGACUUGCGGCCGUGAUGGAGGGUUGCAGAACAUGGAGCUGCAUGGCAUGAUCAUGCUGCACAUUUCUGAUGAGAAGUUUGCACGGAUUCGCCUGCACGUAGAAAAUGAAGACAAGAGGGGAGUGCAGCUACAGACUCACCCGAAUGUGGACAAGAAGCUCUUCACUGCAGAAUCGCAGAUCGGUUUGAAGAACCCAGAGAAGUCAUUCCCGAUUAACAGCGACGUGGGCGUGCUGAAGUGGAGGUUGCAGACCACGGAGGAGUCCUUCAUUCCACUGACGAUUAACUGCUGGCCGUCAGAAAGUGGGAACAGCUGUGAUGUCAACAUUGAAUACGAGUUGCAAGAGGAGAGCUUAGAGCUGAACGACGUGAUCAUCGCCAUCCCCUUGCCGUCUGGUGUCGGCGCCCCAGUGAUUGGGGAGAUUGAUGGCGAGUAUCGCCACGACAGCCGGCGAAAUCUCCUCGAGUGGUGCCUGCCAGUGAUAGAUGCCAAAAACAAGAGCGGCAGCCUGGAGUUCAGCAUAGCGGGGCAGCCCAACGACUUCUUCCCGGUGCAAGUCUCCUUCAUCUCCAAAAAGAACUAUUGCAACAUACAGGUUACCAAAGUCACCCAGGUGGAUGGGAACAGCCCUGUAAGGUUUUCCGCUGAGACCACCUUCCUGGUGGACAAGUACGAAAUCCUGUAAUGCCAGCCGUGGGGAAUCGCCAAGGAAGAAAUUUUUAAAUUAAAAAAAAAAAAAAGAGGCCGAAGUUCAUUCUGAAUGUUGGAACGCCACAGCCCCCUCUCUGCUAAGACGCGUGGCUCUGUCUGCCAUCUGCAGCCUUCCUGGGUCACAGACACUUUUGGCAGAGAAUUGACGUGCUCAUGGGGGGAAAGGCUACAAAUUUCUUUGGCAGAUUUCUACCGACCGGCAAAAAAAGCAAGAUCUCCGCAGAGGACCUGGCUUUGACGCGUCCCCUUCUCCCCCGAAGACGACCGGAGCUCAGUCCCAGAGCCUACCAGGCAUCAUUCUCUUCCUUUCCGAAGCGUCACGCGCCGCUCCGUUGUUGGUGCUGCCAUUUUAAUUUCUCCUCGGCCUUCAACUCUCGUUUCCGUUGAUGAAAGCAGGCAUUAAGAUGACGCGCGCCAGGGCGCCUUGCUCCUCUGGACCCUUCCGUCUGGUAGAAGCGGAGCAAAUUGGCCUCGCUUUCGAAGCGGGGGGGUUGUGGGGUGGGGGGGAAGAGGGACUCGGGCCUUCGGUCCUUCCGUGCCGCACGGUUGCUGCUGUCUCUCCAGCCCUGCUGUGCGGCAAUGGCCCGACGGUGGGGCUCGCCUCGGGGGCUCCGAGGGGGCUCUGAGGUAGCGCAGGUUAUGGCUCCGGAUGCUCGAGCUCCUGCCGCAGUGGGGAGAGCGUCCAGAAGGGACCGUCCCCUGCUCGCUGCCUGUCGCAGCUGCUCUUGGGCCAGGCUUGGGAGGCAGUUUAAUUCGUUUAGAACCAGCUGCCUGUCCUUCCCCAGGCCCUGGCGGUGUUUUGGGAGGUUGAAGGCUUUGCCUGCCUCGGUGCAAGCAGCUGUGGAGACUGGGUUGUGUGUCGGGGCCUGUCCCGAACGAGUGCUCUUUCUCGGCGCUUGUGGAUGGAGGAGAAGGAAAUGCUGGUUUCCAGGAAGCGCGGGGGCCGAUCCCAGUGCGAGCAGCACCCCGCUGGGGUGUCUGCCGUCCCCUCUUCCUCCUCCCGAGCGUUACUGCCUCAUCUCAUAGAGCUGUGCUCCCCUCAAACCUCAUCACGCCUGCUUGACUCGGGGCCUGUCGCCAACAGCUUCCCUGGCCACCGGCGAGGUCUGGGGGGGAGCGCACCGGCCGCCGCUGCAGGUCCCCAGCCUCUGCAGGCAGAAAGAGAACGCCCUCAAGACGUGUGCCGUGCUCCCCAGAGAGCCCCUCUGCGGGGGCGAGAGCGCCUGGGUUCCCGUGGGGUCCUCUGCCAAAGAAGUUCGUCGUCUCUCCUCUGUCGGCAGCACCCGAGAGGAAACCAGCCGUCCUCCCAACCCGGGCGGGCGGGAGAGCAACCCCCCCUUCCCUAGCGAAGUAGGUGACGAAUCCCAGUAACUCGGUCCCGUCCCAGAGUUGCUCGCCUGUAUGAUUUUAAAAUGGAGUCGAGGUUAGUUCGAGCAUCCAAGGAGCUUUUCUUUUUCUUUUUUUUUCUGAAAUUUGUUGGAGGGUGAUGUUGACACCGAGCCCCGCUCCCCCGUCUGUAACCCCGUACGAUGCUGGCCUAGGGCGUAGAGCACAUUCCAGUGUACACAGAGGAAAACCGAGUCUUUACUCAAAUAAAGCGUAUUGUCAGAGGA